AUGAGCAGCGCCGUGGCGCCGGCGCCGGCCUGCCUCACCCUCUGGGACGAAGAGAACUUCCAGGGUCGCCGCUGCAGACUGCUGAGCGACUGCUCUAGCGUGAGCGAGCGCGGCGGCCUGCGCAGGGUGCGCUCGGUCAAGGUGGAAAAUGGCGCUUGGGUGGGCUUCGAGUACCCCGACUUCCAGGGACAGCAGUUUAUCCUGGAGAAGGGCGACUAUCCUCGCUGGAGCGCCUGGAGCGGCAGCGGCGGCCACCACAGCGACCAGCUGCUGUCUUUUCGGCCAGUGCUCUGUGCGAACCACAGCGACAGCCGUGUGACACUGUUUGAGGGGGAGAACUUCCAGGGCUGCAAGUUCGAACUCAAUGAUGACUACCCAUCCCUGUCUGCCAUGGGCUGGGCCAGCCAGGAUGUGGGUUCCCUCAAAGUCAGCUCUGGAGCGUGGGUCGCCUACCAGUACCCAGGCUACCGCGGCUACCAGUAUGUAUUGGAGCGGGACCGGCACGGCGGGGAGUUCCGUACCUAUGGUGACUUUGGCACGCAGGCCCACACUGGGCUGCUGCAGUCCAUUCGGAGAGUCCAGCAAUAG